AUGCGUUGGUGUCUCCAUGUCACAAACGUGUUGCUCGGCUACAUCGUGGCCACGGCCUCUGCUGUCCCGAGCCAGCACUUUGUCCCACGGCAAUCUACCGACAUCCUCGCGUCUUAUGACUACGUCGUUGUCGGUUCCGGGCCGGGUGGUGGCCCACUUGCCGCCCGGCUCGCCAUCGCCGGGAAGAAGGUCCUUCUCAUCGACGCCGGCGACGACCAGGGAGACUCGAUCCCGUACCAGGUCCCUGCGUUGAACCUUCAGUCGACAGAGUACGCCCCAAUGAAAUGGGACUACUACGUUCAACACUUUGCCGAUCUCGAGGCCCAGAAGAAGGACUCCAAGAUGACAUACCGACUUGCGAACGGGGAGCUCUACGUCGGACUCAACCCACCGGCUGGCGCUGAGCCACUCGGCAUCCUUUAUCCUAGAGCUGGUACGCUGGGUGGCUGCGGCAGUCACAACGCGUUGAUCACGGUCUACCCGCACAAGUCAGACUGGGAUGGCAUCGCGACCUUGACCGGAGACACCACCUGGGGCGCGUCCAACAUGCGCAAGUACUUCCAGCGCCUAGAGAACGCUGAAUACUUGCCCAAUGGUAUUGUAGGACACGGGUUCGACGGCUGGCUUACCACCUCCGUGACGGACCUCGGACUUGUCAUCAAGGAUGUCAAGCUCCUUACGGUUAUUCUGUCCGCUGCUUCCGCCAUGGGCAAGAGUCUCCUGGGAUUGAUCUUCUCGACGAUCCAGGGUCUCGGCGAGGUUCUCCUUCGUGAUCUCAACGUCGACCUGCCCAGCCGUGACUCUGCCGAGGGCCUCUACCAGGUCCCUAUCUCUGUCAACAAGGGCGUCCGCAAUGGACCGCGCGAAUUCGUCCUGGACACGGCCAACGCGAAGAACGCGGAUGGUUCUAGGAAGUAUCACCUCGACAUUAAGCUCACCACCCUCGUGACCAAGGUGCGCUUCGACCAGAGCGGCGCGAAGCCCCGGGCCGUGGGGGUAGACUUUGUUACGGGACAGAGCCUUUACCGCGCCGACCCCCGAUCCGGCGCUGCUGGCUCUGGCGUCGCCGGAUCCGUAAACGCCACGGCCGAAGUCAUCAUAUCAGCCGGCGCCUUCAAUACCCCGCAGCUGCUCAAGCUCAGUGGCGUUGGCCCCAAAGAGGAGCUAUCCUCUUUCGGUAUCCCUUCUAUCGUCGAUCUUCCUGGUGUUGGCACCAACUUGCAAGACCGUUACGAGACGUCCGUUAUUGGCGAAACGCCGACAAACUUUCAGAUCAUCGAAGGCUGCACCUUCAUUCGCCCUGGCACCGACGAUCCCUGCUUGAAAAAGUGGCAGGACGGCGCCGCGAGUGGUGAUAGGGGGAUUUAUGGUUCCAACGGCAUCAGCCUGGGUAUCGUGAAGAAGUCGACCGUGGCAGAGGGAGACCCGGACCUCUUUAUCGCGGGAGCACCAGUCGCCUUCCCUGGGUACUAUCCCGGAUACUCCGUCGAUGGCACCGCGGAUCAGAGACAUUGGACGUGGAUCACCCUCAAAGCCCACAGCCGCAACCGGGCCGGAACCGUCAAGCUGCGUUCAGCCGAUCCGCGGGAUAUGCCGCAGAUUGACUUCAACUCAUUCCAGGACGAGGCAACGGGCGCUAAGGACAUCCAGGCCGUGGUGGAGGGCAUGAAGCUCUCGCGCAAGAUGUUCGAGAGCGUCGUGCCCCUCACGGGAGGCUUCACCGAGGUCUGGCCCGGGAAGAACGUCACCGAUGCGGACUUGCCCGAGUUCGUCAGGAAUGAAGCCUGGGGCCACCAUGCCAGCUGCACGUGCCCCAUUGGCAAAGACGGCGAUGCCACUGCUGUCUUGGACUCAAAGUUCAAGGUGAGAGGGACUGAAGGUCUGCGGGUGGUGGACGCGAGCGUGUUCCCCAAGAUUCCUGGGUAUUACAUCGCGUCGGCGGUGUACAUGAUUAGCGAGAAGGCGGCGGAUGUAAUUCUUGGAGUAUAG